AUUGGCGGAGGAAGACCAAACUCAAUCGGAACCGAAAGUGAUUUGGAGUGAAAUCUGUGAUGGAAGCUCCAAAUUAGGUACAUUCUGUAGCUUGGAAUUCUAAUGGAACAAAUCUUGCUUCGGGUUCUGUUGAACAAACGACUCGCAUUUGGAAUAUCGAACCACACGGUCAUGUGGAAAAUGCACACAGCAGGCAAAACUUAGUGGAGAGAAUAUAAACAUCACUUACAAACCUGAUGGGACACAUGUAGCUGUUGGUAAUAGGGUUAAUGAGAUUGAUUGGAACAUGCCUGGAGAUUUUUUCUUCUUGAAUACUGGAGUUGGGCAAAGUCGAAGAGCUGACCAAGAGUCUCUUGGAUUUGUGCUUCUGUACUUCUUAAGAGGAAGAUCAUACGAUUCGAAAUGGGGAAGCAUUUGAAAAACGAGAAUUCAAGUCCAAAAGAUGGCAAAUAUAAUCACAAAUCAGGAUGGUUAGCUGGAAUGCUUCAUGUGCUUGACUUUCACCAUUGGAGAACUAAGAACCGACCAAUUUGUUGGAAGACCCCAAGAACCCAUUCCUUGAUGCGUGAAACUGAGGAACAAGAACCGUUUCUUGAUUCUAAGGAAGGAGAUUCAAAGAUGCUUAAUGCUGCUGCAGAUAAUAAGCCAACAAGACAGGAAACAAAACCGAAGAAGAUGAUGGCUACGAAGGAAGUAACUGAGUACGUGGAUUUUCUUGAAAUCUUGAGAAAGGAAGAUGUUUUUGUCAAGAUACUGAAAGAUCGAGUCCAGAUCAAGUCUAAUCCACGAGUUUUGCCCAAGUCAGGCUCGUUUCCUAUCUCAGGCUCUUCUCGUCCUGCUAGACUCGAAAACAAGCAGAAGGAGAAUUGGUAUGCUCCAAAGCAAAACGGUGCCGUUUUGACUUUGAAUGUUCCAAGAGACACUUCUCAAGAGCACAAACAAAUCUCUCCUUCUCAUGGCUCAGCUGAUGAUGAUCAUGGAUUUAACCACGCUGUUAUAAACGGAUUUAGAGAAAUCAAGAAGUUGAUCAAGAACGCACUUAAGGACCGAAGUCACACAAAGAAGAAGAAGAAGGUUUCGGAUGUCACAAAAGAUGAUUAUGUGGGGAGAUAUUCUCAACUCUUGGAGCAAAGUUUUAGAAGAGAAGGUGGCAAGCUGCGUUCGAAGAGCUUAAAACUUUCAUAUGAAGAGAAAAAGAGCGAUUCAAGAGAUAAUAAACCGCAAUUCUUCAGACGGAUUUCUUCCUUGUCCAGCCUUGAAGUUCUUGGUUCAUUUCUGACCGACCUUCCAAGAGACAGUUCUACUUCCAAUCUGGAACCUAAGAAACCUGUGGACCAAGAUACUAACUUUGGACCCAAGAAAUCUUUAUUGUUAUCCGAAUCUCCGGUAGGAGCAGAGAAGGAAGAGAAGUAUGAGGUGCAAGAGGAGAGAAGCCAAGAAAUUCACCUAGACAGCUCAAACCAAAGAAUCCUGCAACAAGAUCAAGAUUCAGCUCCUAGUCCCGAUGAUACUGCAGAAAAGACAGAGACUUUACUCUCACAAAGUAAUCUCUUGAACAAAAUAAGCUCUUCACUUGUUGAUGAGAGAAAUGUACUCAAUUCUAUGGAUGCUUGUUCUACAGGUUUAGGUCUAAGUUCUUCAGAGAUUUACAACGACGCAGAAGAAGAUGAAGAUGCCUACUUCUGUUACGUAAAGAAGGUUCUAGAAGUUUCAGGCUUCCUCGAAAACAAAUAUAACGGAGAAAAAUGGCACUCAGAGGAACAACCACUGAAUCCAUCACUGCUUCACGAACUCGAGAUACACGAAGAAGUAGUAAACGACAAAGAGCUUCUCUUUGAUUUGGUUAACGAGGCAAUCGUCGAGUCUCACAACCAAUCACAAAUAUACUUCCCCAAAACAUAUCCAUAUGGUAAACGUUAUCUUGGUGAGGUAUGGGGAAGAGUCGAGUGGAGCCUCUCUGGUUUAGGAGCUGAGAAUAGAGAUCGUUCAUUGGAUGAUAUUGUGGGAAGAGAUCUUCUUACAAAGAGUGAUGGAUGGAUGAAUCUUCAAGGUGAAUCUGAAUGGCUUACUCUUGAGCUUGAAGAUCUCAUUUUUGAUGAUGUUUUAGAUGAACUGCUUUGUCGCCGGAGAUCCAUCAGCAACAAGUUGAUGUGGCUAACCCGGGCGAUUGUUCCCGUUCGAUAUUUGGGAUCUUACAAGAGACCUCAGAAACCGCCAUGGAUGAGAAAUCCAGUGGUAUUGUACUCAGACUUUUCGGAGAAGAAAGGGAAAGUUGCUCCUUUGCAGGAGACUAGAAUGAGAGAUAGGUUUACUCUGUACGCACGCGGCGGUGAAGGUGGUAGUGGUUGUUCUAGCGUUCGCCGGAGCCGUGCCGAUCGCUAUGGCAAACCUGAUGGUGGAAAUGGUGGGAGAGGAGGUGAUGUGAUUUUAGAAUGCACACACGCAGUUUGGGAUUUCAGUGGAUUACAACCCCAUAUUAAAGGUGGGAAAGCUGGACAUGGAACUUCCAAGAACAGGAUAGGAAACAGAGGAGAAGACAAGGUCUUGCAAGUGCCUAUUGGGACAGUGAUUCAUCUUCAGGAGGGUGAGAUUCCAUCUCAGGUGGAAAAUGAGUCUCCCAAAGAUUUGGAUCCAUGGGAACUUCCUGGCUCAUUGGUUGAGGAUCCUGCAUCCGAGGAGAACUCUGAUGUUCAUCAGAAAACUAUGAUUGAGUCUGUUCAACUUGAUGAUUCUGACCAAGAGAGUUUAACGAGACAUUUAGGCAUGCCAAAGGAAGCUGAUUUGGAAGACGACGAAGAAGAGAUUGAUCAUAUCAGGUAUAAUGUUGCGGAAUUAACACAACAAGGUCAGAGAAUAAUCAUUGCUCGUGGCGGUGAAGGUGGUUUGGGUAACGUUUCCGCUACACGUUAUGUAAGAGGCAGCAAGUUUGCUAAAACCGCAAUCCGUCAAACCAAUUUGAGGAGCAUGGAGGAUGAUGCUGAAGAUGAUGAUGAAAGGUCGAGUAUUAAAGCCGGGUCGCUCGGUUCCGAGGCUGUUCUGAUAUUAGAACUCAAGAGCAUCGCCGACGUUGGCCUUGUUGGGUUGCCAAACGCAGGGAAAAGCACUCUUCUUGGUGCGCUAUCCCGCGCUAAACCCCGUGUAGGUCACUACGCGUUCACGACACUCCGUCCCAAUUUAGGAAACGUAAACUACGACGACUUCUCCAUGACGGUAGCAGAUAUUCCGGGACUUAUAAAAGGAGCUCAUCAGAACCGAGGUCUAGGCCACAACUUUCUCCGCCACAUCGAACGGACUAAAGUCUUGGCUUACGUUGUGGAUUUAGCAUCGGGGCUAGACGGUUGUAGAGGAGUGACACCGUGGCAACAACUGAGAGAUCUGGUGAUGGAGCUUGAGUUCCACGAAGAAGGGUUAUCCGAUAGGUCGUCGUUGAUUGUGGCGAAUAAGAUCGAUGAGGAAGGUGCGGAAGAGAGAUUGAAAGAACUUGAGAGGAGAGUGAAAGGAGUGAAGAUAUUUCCGGUUUGCGCGGUUCUUGAAGAAGGCGUGGCCGAGCUGAAAGAUGGUCUAAAAAUGCUUGUCGACGGUGAUGGUGAGGGAUCGGAGAGAUUAAAAUUGGAGAAUAUCUGUGUUGACUAGUUUACUUCAGUAAUCAGUAGAUGGACCAAUUGAAUUGGCUUGGAGAAGUGGCUCAACUAUUGUGCAAUGAAAUAUUUUCACGAUU